AUGCUUCGAAAUUCGACGACACCUUUGCGGACCGUUCACACCAAGAGCCACCUGAACAGCGUUCUAGGCUUCCCGUUCUCUUUUGCUCAUCUAUUUCACAGACGUGCGUUCUCGGGCGAUGAUGACGUCCGGCGGGAUAACUGUAGCCUGGUCCUGCAAGGACAGCGUUUUCUUAUCUAUUCUGGCGAAUUUCACACAUACCGCUUGGCAGUGCCCUCUCUCUGGCCCGACAUCUUGCAGAAGAUCAAGGCCGCUGGUUCGAACGCGAUCAGCGUGUACCUGCACUGGGGAGCGAUCAACCCGGCCCCGGGCGUGAUAGACUUUGACGAAUACCGCGCCGUGGAGCUCUUGUAUGAGGCUGCCAAGCCGCUGGGAUAUGGGCUGUACAUCAACGUGGAGAGAAGUGCGGGCGGUAUUGCCUAUUGGGUCACGAGCGAGAUCGCAGGGCCGUUGAGGAUAAAUGCGGUAGACUUUAGAGCGUCGUGGCAAGAUUACAUACAGGGUAUCAUCGAGCAGACUGCACGGUAUCAAAUCACGGAGGGCAAGCCUGUUAUCAGCAACGAGUAUACCCAGAACGCGGUAACCGGUGCAUACUUCUCGGAGCUUGAGGCAGCCUACCAUAAUUCCUCGAUCGUUGUUCCGCUCACAUAUAAUGAUCCCGGCGAAUACUCUACCGAUGCGUGUGGCCCUACUGCUCCGGGUUACGAGAAUUGCAGGCAGUUGACUGGUGCCGCUUUCGAAUCGGUCUUCUAUCGCACCCCGUGGGCCUCCAAUGCGAAGUUGAUGGGUUUCUACACGCUCUACGAGUGCGGCGCAAUUCCUUUUCCUGGCGUCUAUACGUCACACGACUAUGGUGGCGCUAUAGCUGAGAACCAUGCACUCACUGACAAGUACACCGAGCUGAAGCUGCAGGGAUUGUUUCUGCGAAGCUCUCCUGAAUUUUACAAGACGGAUCGAAUUGGAAACAGUACCGGCGUGGUAUCUGUCUUUGACAGCGCAGCAUUCGCCGUGCUUUUGCGCAAUCUCGACACUCCUUCGGGCUAUUGGUUCGGGAGACAGACGAAGUCAACAUCGACUGUCAUCACAAACUUCAACAUGACCAUCGACACUUCUGCUGGGACCCUCCAGAUUCCCCAAGUGGCCUCUGGCGUCACACUUAGCAGCCAUCAAUCCAAGGUCAUCAUUGGUGACUAUGUGUUUGGCACGCAUUCAUCCCUGCUUUACUCGACUGCGUCCAUCCUCUUCGCAGGUACAAUAAGGUCUUGGGAUGUUUUAUUCCUGUACGGCGAUGCCGACCAAGAAGACUCGCCUUAUGUUUCGUUCACUACUGCAGCAUCUGACAACCAAAGCAUCGUCUGCUUUUCACCCGGAAUUUCUGGUCUCGUGACCGUUUUUGACUCGCUUAGCCUGGUUCUCUACGCGGAUACGGUUACCGCAGGGACGUUCUGGGCGCAUGCCCUUGCCGGUACGGACCCACACGCGAACUACUGGCAGAUCGGGACCAACUCGACGUUGCUAGUCGGCGGCCCGCACCUUGUGCGGAACGCGUCGCUUUCCGCGUCUGACACUCUUGCUCUCCGCGGCGAUCUCAAUUCUAGCGUGCGUCUGACGGUCAUCGGGCCGCCCGAGGUGGAGACGGUGAUGUGGAACGGAGAGCCCGUCGACCCUGACAUGGACGCCGCCUUGCGCUUGACUUCUGUCGGCGCGUUCUCGGGGCAGCAUGUGUUGAAGAGUGUCGGGCGAGAGAUUGAGACGCCCAUGUUAGAGGACUGGAAAUUUGCCACUAGUCUCCCGGAAGUGGACGUUGGUUUUGACGACUCUGCGGGGACGGUCAUGAUUCAUACCGCGACAAAUAACCCUUUCAAGCCGUUCUACGGCGAUGGAAAAGUCUUGUAUGGAUGCGACUAUGGAUUCUGCGAGGACAUCGUCCUUUGGCGCGGGCAUUUCGAUGGGACUGUCAACGUGAAGUCUGCAAAUCUAUCCACCAACAGUGGAGAAGCGUUUGCUGCGAGCGUUUGGCUUAAUGACCACAUCAUUGGGAUAUGGAAACCGAAAUAUCUUGGAGGAACAGAUGAUCUGUUUGUAUUCCCGAACGGAACGGUUCUGAUCGGUCAAGACAAUGUGAUCACGAUCGUUCAAGAUAACAUGGGUCUAAAUCAAACUCGGAACAGCCCCGAGAAUUUCAAAUCCCCUCGUGGAAUCCGCGGGUUUAAACUCAAUAACAGCACUUUUUCGGAUUGGAAAGUCCAGGGCAAAGUCAGAGGAUAUGCCAGCUUCCAGGACACGACUCGCGGCAUCAUGAACGAAUGCGGCCUCUUUGGAGAACGCAAGGGGUGGCAUCUCCCGGGCUUCGACACGUCGUCUUGGGCCUCCCGCGGCUUCUCUUCUGGUCUACCAAACGACAGCGCAGGAGUCAGGUUUUUUGUGACGACAUUUGAUCUGCGCGUGCUCGACGGGUUCGAUGUGCCCAUGUCGUUCAACUUUGACUUGACCCCCGCGCCCUACCGUACAUUUUUGUUCAUCAACCGAUGGAUGAUGGGAAAGUUUGUCGCCAACCUCGGACCCCAAUGGAAGUUCUCGGUGCACGAGGCCAUCCUGGAGUACCUGGAGUACCAAGGGACAGAUACUGUCGCCGUUGCGCUUUGGGCAAUGGAGUCUGUUCCGAUCUCUCCUCGGUUGAACAUCACCAUCGACUCAGUGCUCAAUGGAGGUGUAGGAAACGUGGUGGCGAACAAUCCGCCGUGGGGCUCUCGCGGACGGUUGUGA